AUGGAGGCUGGUUUGCCCAACAUCAAGAGAUGGAUCGUGGUCUACCCAGUAUAUAUUAAUUCCAAGAAAACGCUGGCCGAGGGACGCCGAAUUGGUGUUUCUCAGGCCUGUGAGAACCCCACCUGUAUUGAGAUCGGUGAUUGCUGCGGCUAUCUCAAACUUCCGUUCGUCAUUGAGGUAUUGUUUCUAUAAUUCGUCUUUCUGAAUCGGUAGAUUGUAUGUGGGUUCCAUCAUUUUUCCUGAAAUAAUUGUAUGUUGCCUAUGCAGAUUGACAAGGCCUAUCCGAGGGACUUCAUGCAGAGGGGUAGAGUGAGGGUGUUGCUGAAGAAGGAAGACGGGUCCCUGAUUAAUCCUGACAUUAAUUCAAGUGAGAUUCACAUAGAUUAUAUCUUAUUUCCUAUUUACGUUGUGUGGUACGUAGGAAGUUAAUGUUUUCAGUUUCCACUUUGUUCACUGAUGUUCUCUUGGCUACUGUUAUAUGUCUGACGAUUCAGUGGCACAUUACAUCUAUUUGCUUACUUCAUGGAAAACAAUUCUGAUUUUGUGUAGGACUCUACAAGUUUAUAUUGGCCGUGUUGUGUGUGGAUUUUAGGUGUCUCGGUACCGGUUGAUAUGAUCUUGAACUUAGUAUAUCUGUUAUGAAAAUUUCAAGAACACAAAAAUCGCCUGUAUAUUAGAGACUAGUAAGAUGUCAAUUUUUUUUUCGGAUUCAAUAUCGAAUUCUCUUUUGGUCGAAUUUCAAAUUAAUUAUUUAUUUCAUCAUGUCAUAAUUUCUAAUAAUAAUGCAUUGGACAUUAAUUGCUUGCCAUACGCAUGACAUCCUUACCUGUCCUGAAGUUUCGGGGAAAAAAAUAGAAAUAACCAAUCACUAGUUCUAAGUGUUAAUUUGUGCAAUUCUUCUUCAAAUGUUUACUUUUAGAUGGGCAACUAUUUUCCAUCCUUUAAUUCAUCUGGACUCUUCCUUGUAAAGGAUCUCACCCCUUCACUCUUCCUUCUAGAUAGGGUUUGUGCGCAGUUAUCAAGAAACAUUGUUUAUCUUUGCUGAAUAGCUUUUCAAUCUGUACUGUAGAUGGGUGAAUAUUGAUGCUUGAUGGAUGCAACAGUUCUGUCAUGAUUCUGUGUUUCCCUGUUUUGUAGAUGAGAAAAUAGUUGUUGUCUUUUUAGAAGAAUUUCGUAAGUUUUUCUACUCGUAAAUGUUCUAGGACAAUUUUUUUCUGUUAUUUGUUCUAUUACCAUUUAUGGACCCACCUUUUGACACGCAUUUAGCCUUCGCCUGAAAUGGCCUUGGGAACGGUAGAAGCACAAGGAACAUGGGAGCUAUAUUCCCUUUGCUUGUUCUCCCCUUUAUCUGCCACAUCACCUCCACCUAGGCUCACCUUUGUCAAACAUUCUAAAGUUUUAUGCUUAAUUGUUUCUACUUUUUUAUCGUUUUUAUUUUUUUAGUUUUGGUCAACCAAGGCUUGUCUGAAAUGGUCAUAACCUUACUAAUCGUUUGUAUACUAAACCAUCCCUGACAAGUAUUCAAAAUUAUGUAUUUUUUCGAACCGACCACUCUCAAGUGUAUCUUCAUUCUCUCCAUUUACAUCGUAGGUUCUAGUAUGCCUUUGUAGCAUGAGUCAAUUCUACUUGCUGCUUACAAUUCUGGGCAUAUUCAGAUCUAGGUAUCUUUGGAAGGUGUUCAAAUCAGACCUGAAAUAGAUCAUUAAUGCAGUCUUUCAUAAAUCCUGACCCAGCCUUUGUAGGUACAAUUCAUAGCUAAGCGGAGCUUAAAUAUAUGAAUUCUCUUUAAAGCCUAACAUGUUUCACUAAGCCAUUAUGGAGCCUAAUUUGGCCCUUUAGUAAGCUAACAUGCGUUGCUGAGUGCUAAGUUAGUGUAUACUAAUGACUAGGCAAAUAUUUAACAUACUCAUCUUAUUCCAUGUCUCACAUAGCAGUGGCUACCUAAUUAUAGCCUAUCUUUGUGGGUUUUAUUUUGAUUUUUAUGCUUUGAUCAUAUUAUCGCCUAAAUCUGUUGCUUUUUGAAUGGAACAAGUUUCAAUUAAGCAACUCAAUCAGAUAUCCAGUUGAAUUAGACACGAGACAAUAUACCCUGUUUUGAUUCAACCCAAAAAUUGAGUGACCUAUUUAUACCGAAACUUUAAUGUUUUGAAAAAAAGCAUUACAAGUGUUUGCUAAGUCCAAAGGUAUCAUUAAUCUUCUUAAUGGGACUUCUGAUUUAUAAGAAAAUGAAGAUGAAAAAAAGGUAACUCGAAAAUUAUGUUGAACAUCAUCAAAUGAUAUGCUGAACACGGUUUAGUAUAAUGACAUAAUGAUCGAGCAUUGGUAGAACUCGGGUUUGGAGUACUUUAUGUCAGAUCGUGGAACUUGAUUUUUAUGAAUAGUGUGACUUGCAGUUUUCGAUUGGAAGAGAGAAUAAAUGCAGGAAAGCAUGGUCAAUUUCUAUGAACCUUGUUUAAUUCUUGUCAAGGUUCAUGGGAGCUUCCUUGACUGCAAAGGUGAAGAGGAAAUUGAUUAUCAAUUUCACACAAAAUAAACGAUCAAUGAGCACAGGAAAAUUAGUUUGGUUAAAAAUUCAGUGCAAUAUACAAAACAUUCACUAAAUGACGUGCCCAUCUGGUCAAACUGAUAGAAGUAAAAGAAAAACGGAGAGGGCAUAUUUGAGGGUCAUAUGGUGAUAUGAUUUUUUCUUCAGACACAAGUAACAUCAUUCGUCUGACUUGGGAAAAUGUCUAUGGUCAACAAGUCUUCUUCCAAAGUAUGACUUUCGCCACAGAAGCUCCGCAUGGAGAUUCAUCAUCAAUAUGAUGUUGUGAAUGGUUCCAAAAUUUGAGUUUCAGUUGAAGUUGAGGGUACUGGAUCCUGGCGGUGUCCAGAAAUUUAAUCAUUCAUGGCUCAUAGAAGUAGAUCCCAAACAUGAUUUUGAUUCUUGGGAUUUGUCUGUUGCUUUGCAUUUGUGGAUUCAUGCGUGAUACCUAGUAAUGAAUGCCUGUUGUCAUUCCUGUCUUCCAUUGGCAUGCAGUUUACGUUGGUAGAUCCACUAUCGUCUAGAGAUACUAUUGCAACUUCAGGUCACAAUCGUGCCCAUAGACCGUCUGAUGGAAAGUGUGUUUUGGCUGGCUGACGACAUUUUCUAAAACAAUUAGAGUUGGAACUGCCGUGGAAAGAGAAACUAUCCAUGGGGUCUCUGCUGGGCUGGCAUGGAGAUAUAUUAGAGUGGGAAAGGCAGGCUCGAUUCGGAGUAAUGAUUAUUGCAGGUGCCUCCAAAGGGCUAGCCGAAUUCAGUCAUGCUUGGUUCAACUGAGACGAUUCCACCUAACGAACCUAGUUAAUAUGAUCGUCUAAUAAUUGAUUAGCUAGUAUUGACCUGGAAACAGCGAUGUGGCACCUGAAGCUUUAUCUGAAAGAAUCAAGUCAUAGAUAGCUCGUAUUUCAAAGGCCAUAUCCUUCUUGAGAACCAGCUCACACUCCGAUAAUAUGGUGGAAUUUAUUUCUCUUUUUUGGUUUCUUAUACUUUUUCUUUGAGAAUCUUCUGAGGGGGAAUAGAAAAACAAAGCAUCAUCCUUUAGGAGUUGACUGCAGAGGAUUAAUGCAUCAGCUGGAGGGCAUCCUUGAUAAUAUCCAGGAUAUGGUCCCGGAAAUUAACCUGUUAACCUCUUGGGUUUUCAAAAUCAAGAGUUGGAUAGAACACUCUUGAUUUUGAACUCGGGAGCUUGGAAUUGAUGAAGUUUUAUGGAUAUUUCACUUGCUUUAGCAAUUGGUGAGAUUGGAGAUGGUAGAAGAAAUAUCUUCCCAUCUAAGCUGGUCAGAUCUAAUGAUGUCCCAUGAAAUAUCUUCCCAUUUUAAGUAAAUAAAAUAUCUGAUCUCUGAGAGAAUCGGCUGUGAGGAUUUCAUCCUUGUAGAAGAAGAGGGCACCGAAUAGAAUCUUUCUCCGAAAAUCUCUUUAUUUUUCACUUAUACGUUUGCUGUGACAAUUUAUGCGCUUAGGUGCAAGUUGAGUGCAUCUCAUCUCAUCUGCUCUGCUGCUGUUCAUGUCAGGAAAGCAGCUGAUGAUUAAGGUCGGUGAAUUAGUUCCAAAGCAUCCCGGUAGGACCAAGAAGCAAGAGGCGUCAACGAGCUCUACCGCUGCGGCCACAAAAUCCAACAAGGGCGGGAAGAAGAAGAAGUAA